AUGGUUGAAAAUUACGAGGUGCAUACGACAGCAGGAACGAGGGAACUUGAAAAUGGCUAUAUUGAACCCAGUGAACAAGCAAAUGCUGCAGCAAGUGCUACUACCAACGGAGCGGGAAGUGCUUCAGUACAAGUUAUUGCAGCAGCGACUGAAGGUGGUAAGGACUCCAAUGAUGACUACUAUUAUGAUGACUCAAUAGAACCCGCAUCUUCUGGAGCGCAAGCUGUUGCCUCUGUUCAGUCAUCUGGAAAUGCCCAAGCGUCUGCUUCUGCUACAGCGCAAGCAAAUGCAACAACCAAUAGGAGGAAAAGAAAAAGAAAGCCUCAAUCAACUCCUGGAUCCCAGAAUAAUUCAUCAAAUACACCUAACAGCACUAUAGCAGAAAAAAAUAGUACGAAAUCAAAUAACACUAAGCCUUCUAAUGAACAGAAAAAUAAUAGUACUGCUAUAAAUAAAAAACCAAUAAACGGAACCAAACCUGAAGAUAAAAUACAAGGUCAAACAAAUAAAACAGAAAGUAACAAAACACCGUCUAAUAGCAAAAAUGAAUCUAACGCAAAGGAUAACUCUACGACAUCAUCAAAACCAGAGCAUAAUAAACAAUCAAAAGAAAAAAAUAUUCAAAAUACGGAUAAAAAUAAAAAAUCUGGAGAAAUUAAUAGUAAAGAAAAACAAAAUUCAGAAGGCUCAGAAGAAAAUAAUGAAAGCAAGAAAAGCAAUGAACCUGAAGAAAAAUCAAAAAAUAAAGAAAAUAAUAAAAAAGGCAAAAACGAUUCAGAAGAAACCCCACAGAAACGAAACCAAAAUAAAUCAGGUGAAGGUAAUAAACAACAUAAAAUACAAAGACAUAAAAAAGGACAUAAAAAUAGACAAACUGAUGAUUCUAAUGAAGAUACUCGCAAUGAUAAACAUUCUAAAAAACAUCAACGACACAAAACGCCCAAAAAAUCUGAGCCUUCCUCGGAACAAAAUGAAAGUCAACCAUCCAGUGAAGAGAAUAAUAGUGGAAUUCAAGAAAAUAAAAACAAAGAAAAUUCUGCUUCUAAAACUCAUAGUAGGCAAAAUAGGUCUAGUAGGUCAGUUAAUGAUGAACCAUGCGAAGAAGAAGUUAUAGAUGACUUCCGUAAAUUUGAAAAGGAGAAACAUAGUCAAAACCCCAAAGAAAAAAAAGAGGAACCAUGUGAAGAUGAAGUUCUUAAAGAGUUAGAAUCAUUAUCAAAUAAAAAGCCUAGCAAGCCUGGAAAAUCCAAGCCAGGCAAAGAUGGAUCUGGUAAGCCAGGAAAAGGAAACUCACCAAGUGAAGAAAAUAGUUCUGAAGAACCCGAAGGUUCAAAUGAAUCAGGCAAGCCUAGUGAACCUGGAAAAUCGAAGCCAGGGAAACAUGGAUCAGAAAAGCCAGACAAAGGAAACUCACCAAGUGAAGAAAACAGUUCUGAAGAACCCGAAGGCUCAAAUGAAUCAGGCAAACCUAGCAAACCUGGAAAAUCCAAGCCAGGAAAACAUGGAUCUGGCAAGCCUAGCAAACCUGGAAAAUCCAAGCCGGGAAAACAUGGAUCUGGAAAGCCAGGCAAAGGAAACUCACCAAGUGAAGAAAACAGUUCUGAAGAACCUGAAGGCUCAAAUGAAUCGGGCAAGCCUAGCAAACCUGGAAAAUCCAAGCCGGGAAAACAUGGAUCUGGAAAGCCAGGCAAAGGAAACUCACCAAGUGAAGAAAACAGUUCUGAAGAACCUGAAGGCUCAAAUGAAUCGGGCAAGCCUAGCAAACCUGGAAAAUCCAAGCCAGGAAAACAUGGAUCAGGAAAGCCAGGCAAAGGUAACUCACCAAGUGAAGAAAACAGUUCUGAAGAACCCGAAGGCUCAAAUGAAUCAGGCAAGCCAAGCAAACCUGGAAAAUCCAAGCCAGGAAAACAUGGAUCUGGACAGCCAGACAAAGGAAACUCACCAAGCGGAGAAAACAGUUCUGAAGAACCCGAAGGCUCAAAUGAAUCAGGCAAGCCUAGCAAACCUGGAAAAUCCAAGCCGGGAAAACAUGGAUCUGGAAAGCCAGGCAAAGGAAACUCACCAAGUGAAGAAAACAGUUCUGAAGAACCCGAAGGCUCAAAUGAAUCAGGCAAGCCUAGCAAACCUGGAAAAUCCAAGCCAGGAAAACAUGGAUCAGGAAAGCCAGGCAAAGGUAACUCACCAAGUGAAGAAAGCAGUUCUGAAGAACCCGAAGGCUCAAAUGAAUCAGGCAAGCCUAGCAAACCUGGAAAAUCUAAGCCAGGAAAACAUGGAUCUGGUAAGCCAGAGAGAGGAAACUCCCCUAGUGACGAUAGCACUAGUAGUAGUUCUGAAUCUAGUGAUUCGUCAUCUAGUAGUUCCGAAGAUUCAAAUAGUUCGGAUAUUUCCAGUCCCCGUAAUAAACACAAACCCGGGAACAAAACACCAGGUAAAAAUACGUCCUCCAGCGAAGAUAGUUCGUCUUCAUCUUCAUCAUCUGAUACUGAUGAAUCUGAUGAACCUUUAACUCCUACCAAAAAUAAUCCUAGCCGAAGUAACAUCGAUUCCGCUGAAAAAUAUUAUAGGAACAUUAAAAAUAUUAUAGAAUUGUACCUUAGAAAUGGAUUGGGAAAUAGUAAAAAUGCAAAUAAAGGAGAUGUGGAUAAGCUUAUUAAUCUUUAUAUUCUAGCAAUAAAAGCAAACCAUAAUAGGGCAACUAAAGAGGACAUACAGAAUAUCAUACAGUUGUACGUUCAUGGCGUUACAGGAAGCGGCGGUAAAAUCAAUAUAGCCGAGUUGAACAAUUACCUUAAAAAACUAAAUUUACCCGAAGGAUCACCAUUGUUAUUAAAGAAGUAUUACACGUAUAUUUUAGACCUUGAAAAAAACGGUAAACUGAAAAAACCAAUCACGACAGAAAAACCAAAACGCUCCAAUUCACCAUCACUGCUUAGCAGUAUUUUAGACAUAUUUGAUCACAAUGCACGUCAACCAAGUAAUAAGGGAUUACCUGUGAAUAUCACAAGACCUGCAUCAAACCGUACAAGCAUACCUCUACCCAAAUCUGGUAAUAUAACGAAACAUCCUAAGAACAUCGAGCAGAUAAUACAAACGUGUAAUACAAUUUUAAGUCGACAUCAACAAUCGUCAAUCAAACGUAGAAGAUACCUCCUCAUGCCCCAACUUGAAAUAUCAGGUAAAGAGAAUUCCCGUACGAGGAGAUUGCAUUCUGCAGGAGUGCGCCUUUGCCCUUGUCCCGUUAAUAAUAAGAAAAUAAAAGUAUAG